AUAUGGUAUAGGACAUGUUUUUCACUACUUAAUAGUGUGGUUAACUUUUAGGUUAGUUACUUUUUAUUGUAAGCCUAUAAAAGACACUUAUUGUAUUGAGAUUAAUUGAGCAAGUUUAAUGCAAAACUUCUCCAUAUUUUAUUCAAUCUCCUCUCUACUCUAAAAACUAUCACGCACAACCCUUUAGGAGUCUAGGUGUUUGUCUAUACCUUCUUCCUCUGGUUAAGAUAGUUUAAUGAAUUCAAAUAGACCGAGUAAUUCUACAUAGAUAUCCACAAUCUGUAUUAUGUAUCGAGCUCCAAGGUGAACACACAGAAGUCAACGUCACUCAUAGGAGGGUGCACCGUGCACCAGUGCAAAGAUGGCAUCAGCAGCAGUUGAUUUUCUCAUCCAAAACAUUCUACAGUUGAUAGCUCAUAAAGUGGAGCUAAUCAUCCGAGUGAAAGGUGACAUAGAGACACUAAGAAAAGACCUUGACAUGUUCAAGGCAUUUCUUAAAGACUGCAACAAAAGUGAGAAUAAAACUGAGUCCAUCAAAGAGCUGAUCAAGCAGAUCAGAGACGUGACCUACAAAGCUGAGGACGCUGUCGAGUCCUAUGUCAGCCGUGCCGCCAUUCAGCACGAAACUUUCGCCAAGCGGCUUCUUGGUGCCAUCAUCCACUUGCCCAAGCUCGCUACCAUUGGUGAGGAGAUCGCUUCCAUCAGUGAUGAGUCAAAAAAGUUCACGGUUUAUUUGAAGUUGCUUUUAGGUCUUUGUCACUUCAAGACACUGAAUCUUCCCACAGACGGCCAAAGGAAAAAAAGCUUCCGGUUGGAGAAAGACGAUGUGGUAGGUUUCGACGUUGAAGCUCAAAAUGUAAUAAAGUUACUCAAUGAAGGGUCAGAAGACCUGAAAAUUGUCACAAUCGUUGGCAUGCCUGGUCUUGGGAAGACAACAUUGGCUAACAAAAUAUACACCGAUCGUAAGUUGGAGUUCGACUUCAUGGUUCGGUCAUGGGUUUAUGUCUCUAAGAAGUACACUAGAAAGGAAGUGUUCUUGAAUAUAUUAAGAGAUAUUUCAGGCGGGACACUAUCUCAACAAAUGCAUGAGCUUGAUGCUGAUGAUUUGGCGAAAGAAGUUCGAUGCAAAUUGGAAAAACAUACAAAGUUUUUUGUUGUCAUGGAUGAUGUGUGGACUCCAGAAGCAUGGACGGACCUCAGUGUUGCCUUCCCAAAACAUUCAGGUGGUCGAAUCCUGUUAACAAGUCGACAUAACGAGGUUGCGGAGCGUGCUCAGAUAAUUGGCCUCUAUAAACUCCGUUUCUUGACAAAUGAUGAAUGUUUAGAGCUGCUUACGAGAAAGGUUUUCCGGAAAGAAGCAUGUCCUCAAACGUUUAAAACGGUUGCACAAGAAAUUGCUGUUAAGUGUGAUGGCCUACCACUUGCUGUAGUGAUCAUUGCAGGUAUUCUUCUAAAGAAAACAAGUGACCUAAGCUGGUGGACUAAGAUUGCAAACAAGGUGAGUCAAUAUGUGACAAGGGAUCAGGAACAAUGCAAACAGGUCGUGAGGUUAAGUUACGAUAACCUUCCCGAUCAUCUGAAGGUAUGCUUUCUAUACUUUGGAGUUUUUCCGGAAAACUUUGAGAUUCCUGCCAGAAAGGUGAUCUUAUUGUGGAUUGCGGAGGGCUUUAUUGAGUACAAAAACAGAGAAAGCUUAGAGGAAACUGCUGCAGACUAUUUGGAGGAGCUUGUUGACAAAAAUUUGGUGCUCGCACCAAAGAGGACACAUGAUGGCCGAAUAAAGAUGUGUCGCAUUCAUGACAUGAUGCAUGAUCUGUGCAAGCAAGAGGCUGAGGAAGAAAAUCUUUUCAAUGUGAUUAAAGACCCAGAGGAGUUGGUAGCUUUUAAAAGUACAGCAGGUGCAAUUAGUAUGUGUCGUCGCCUUGGUAUACACUCGUAUAUUUUGGACUGCGUUCAAUCAAACCUCACGGCUGCCCGUACACGCUCAUUUGUAUCAAUGGCUGUUGAAGAAGUUAGAUUGCCAAUGGAGCAUAUAUCUUUCAUACCAAGGGCCUUCCAACUGCUCAGGAUAUUAGAUGUUACAUCCAUAAUUUUCGAGCGCUUCCCCAGGGAAUUGCUCGGACUUGUUCAGCUCAGAUACAUUGCUAUGGCCAUCACUUUCACGGUUCUUCCACCGGACAUGUCAAAGCUGUGGAAUAUGCAGAUUCUCAUGAUCAAGGUAAUAUCAGGAAAUUCGCUUGAUAUUAGAGCAGACAUAUGGAAAAUGUUUCAACUUAGGCAUCUGCAUACAAAUGUGUCGGCUAACUUUGUUAUGCGUCCCAGCUCCAAAACAAAGAAGCAAAAUCAUCAAGGUCCUUCCCAUAUCAAAACACUUACUUCAAUAUCAGCUGAUAGUUGCACGAGUGAGUUCUUGGCUAGAAUUCCAACUGUGACCAAACUGGGCAUUCGCGGCAAACUGGAAGAGCUAAUUAUUCCCCCACAAGGAGGAGGAGUUAGUACCUUUGAAGCACUUGCUACCAUGAAAUACCUUGAAACACUGAAAAUUUAUGGUGAUGUGUCUUCAAAUGCUCGAAGUAAAAUUAGCCACUUUCCUGGUCAUAACAAAUUCCCACCAAACCUAAGGAACUUAACUGUAACUGAUACAAUGCUUAGCUGGGAGCACAUGGACAUACUUGGGAUGUUGCCCAACCUUGUCAUGCUUAAGAUCAAGGAAAAUGCAUUCAUGGGCAAGUAUUGGAAGCCUAAAGAUGAUGGAUUUCGCACUCUUGAAGUCUUCUAUCUUGGAAGAACUAAUUUACAGAAGUGGGAGGCCUCCAAUUAUCAUUUUCCUUCACUUAAGAAACUCAUUCUCAAGUUCUGUGACCGUCUUGAGGGACUUUCAUCUAGCCUAGCAGAUAUCUCUACCCUCCAACUGAUCGAUAUUCAUAUGGCCAACCCUGUUGUAGCUGCUUGUGCCAGACAAAUUCAGAAAAACAACAAUGGUAUUGGUAGGUCACUUCAGGUUUCCAUCUAUCCUCCAAAACACGACUGUGACCUCGUCUAAUUCCUGCUAUCCAGAAGCACAACUGCUUGGCUGCUCAUGUUCUUUGUAUUUUUGUUUUGCACCAUCCGAUUCCUGAAGCCACUGGCUCUUUUUCGGAUUCGAGCUAAGUAGGACCACAAGGCUGGCAAAGAGAGCCAUAUGCUUUUGCUUUUCUGGUUUUGGUGUUGUGAUUGAUUAAGUACUUCGUUUUAACUUGAUAUUGUUGGAACUUGCAAGUUCAAUUAAAUUGGAUGUUCCCUACACUUUUUA